CCGUGCAGCAUAUUUUUAGGUUGGCUUAGAACAACAAAGCACACUGACGGUUCAAACAAGUCGGUGGGAUCGAAUUACAGUAAACUCGUUGUCCAGUGAGAGUGCACCUUACCUUUGGCGUGGAGCAGGACUGCCGACUGGACAGCCACGCCGCCCUGCAUCGGACCGCAGCCCAGCAACACCGCUGCCCGGAUCGGCCAGCCCCGCCCGACCCCACCCCGUUGCCACCCUGAACCUGCAGCCAGGGGGACACAACUUCGCUCUGUCAUUCAAGCCGCACCCAGCCAUUAUCAUGGACAAUGACGAGGACGAGGACGGUAACUUCACCAAGUGGAUGAGCAGCUACUGGGGUCACAACGGCGGGGAGGAGAGUGAGAAAAUGAAAGAGAGGAGGCACAGCUUCAGGAGGACGUCCAAACCAUACGCCGGUCGCCGAGCCUCUCUGCCCUGUCAGGCACAGCUGGACGCCAUGCAGCUGAACCGCCUGCAUGCGGCCACCAUGGCCCCAGCGCCCGCUCACCUCAAGUCCAGGGACAAAAAGGACGUCAGGCAACACCAUAGUACCUGCCACCCCACCAUGGAGGAGAGCGACCAGGCCAGGAGCUCCCUGCCAGACCAGCGGAUCACCACCAUCAACGAGCUGUCCGAGACCUUCGAGAGGAAGCUGAAAUUCCGGACCCGGAAUGUAAUGUCACUGAGUGACGCGGACACCCUGUGUCUGAUCUGCCACGAUGACAUGAAGAGCUGCGGGACUGUGGUCACAGAGCUGAACUGCACACACUGUUUCCACAAAGAGUGCAUUGAGCAGUGGCUGUGGAAGAAGCAGUCGUGUCCCACGUGCCACGUCCACGUGGCUAUGCCCCAGCCCUUCUACUGGUCCUCUGGCCGUGUCAAAGUGCCCUGAUGUCUCCGGCCUGAAGCCAAAGAGCCCCGACUUCCCCACCCCCGCCUGACUCCCCACCCAUGCCAACAUGGCUGGAAACUUCCUUCAGAAAUGGAAUAUACAGAAAAUAUAUGACAAUAAAUAUAUGAUAAAGAUGUGAUUGAUAAUUUAUAAUACAUAGGAAACUGUACAGAUAUUUUACAAAUAUGCAAAUAUUCAGACAUUGCAAUACAUAUUUAUUUCAAAUUCACUGCUUAGAAAUAUAUUUAUCAUUAUGUUUUCCAGAAAGGAAAGAAAACCCACCAGACACCUCCUAUCCUUUACCAAGGACAAUUUUGUGAUAGUCAAAAGAUGUGAUAGUUGUGACCUAAGAGCAUUGGUACUGUAGGCCAAGGUUGACAAACCAACUAAUAGCUGCAGUAUACUUUCUAAAUGUUUUGUACAGUAAAUAAUGGUAAUGACAACUGAGAGUAAAUUGGACCAAUGAGUUUUCUUUGUAUUUGUUUUUUUCUUUUGUUUGAUUUCUUUUUAUAAACCUGCUUUUGAAUUGUAUUGAAAUCACAAUGUGGACAUGAACAGUUCUGAGUGGAAGGACACUGUCUGGCAGCAUAAAAAGAAAGUGCUUAUGUGGCAUUAACUCAGAAACAGGCUGCCUCCAUCUAAGGGCUUUAUUAAUUUGGAGUAACCCGUUUAUUCAGCGCAAAUACAGUAUUGUAAUGUACAUUGUUGAUACUUCCACCUCCAUCUUCUUCCUUUUUUCUGUCAAAGUCCCUCCCCCAUCCCCUGCUACUCUUUCCUCCUGUCCUCGUGGUCAGAAUGUCCACAUGCCACAUACUGCAUCUUUCGCCCCUUCAGGUAGUGGCAAAAAUGUGUUCUGCCAAACACUGCAACUGGACGAAGAGUGGAAGAUAUUUGUCAUAUUAUCUCUGCAUGUACUUAAAAAAAACUAUAUUUCAAUUUCUUUUAUCAGUGACUUAUUAUUAUAUUAUUCUAUAACAAUGUUUAUUGUUGUACAAUGGGUCUACACGUAGUUGUUUUUGUUAUGUAUAUCACUGUAUCAGUCAUUGCAGAGCCCAUUUCUAUCACCAGGUGUGUAUUAAGAGGCAAAGCAGUGCUUGUGCAAGUCUUACACUGGUGUCAGAAGGUCAGGACAUAGGAGGCUUCCUGUCAAACUCAUUCUAUCAACAACAAAAAAGCCAGAAAUAAAGUCACUGUGGUGAAUGA